GGAACAAAGCCUUGAAUUGGUGUGGCGGCGAGCGCUGCACUCCAGUAUAAAUGUGCCACUUCUACUAGCUUCGUAGCUUCAUUCAGUUGUCCUAUACUGUCUACUCGUGUCACUGUGUCCUACGCUAGCCCAAGGGAAUAGAUCAUUCUUCGCGGAACAUAGCCUCUACCACCGACGAGAGAAUGUCUGAAGGAAGUGCUACUACGCUUGACCCAGUCCAGCAAUCGAAGCUGGAUAUUGCUCGCCAAAAGAAGGAGACGGGCGACCAGGCUUUCAAGAAUGGGGAUCUGAAAGCAGCGUUGUGGUCAUACCAUGAGUCUCUUAUGUACCUUCGUGGGCUAAAUACGACUGCGACGCAAGCAACAUCAGGCCAGGAGGGUAGCAAGAAUCCAGAAAUCGAGGGACUGCUAGAGAAGAUAUAUGCGAACCAGUCUGCUUGCCAUCUAAAGCAGCAAAAUUGGAAGAGAGCACUGGAAACUGCAGAACAGGCUCUCAAAAAGAACGAGAAGAAUUACAAAGCUAUGUUCCGCAAAGGAAAGGCAUUAGGAGAGCUGGGGUAUUUUGAAAAGUGCGAAAAGACUUUACGCGAAGUGAUUGAGAAGAGCCCUGAGGAUGCGCCGGGAGUUGAAGCUGAGUUGGAACGCCUGAGGGUUCUCGAGAAAGAGCGAGAAAGGGUCGCGAACCAGAAGUUCAAAGGUUUCCUCCUGAAUAAAGAAAAGAGUGAGAAGGCACUAGGAAUCGAUACCCCAUCUGCACCUGCACCUGCAUCUCAAAGUGCUAGUAUAACUGAAGUUGUCGAAGAAACAUCCUGAAGGAUAGCAAAUGACCAAAUCUUCUCUGCUCCGCAAUCUUAUUGUAUCGUUUCUGCCCAUUUCUUUGUAUCUAUAGGAGUGCCUGAAGAACAUGCCUGGAAUUUACUGCUUUUGACAC